CUACCUCGUAAUUGGCACUCACCUUCAUGGAAACUUCCUCAUUCUUUCCAACUUCUCAACUGUCUUCUUCGUGGUCUAAAUUUUCCCUGUUGAAGCUGCAAUUCUGAUUUCUUCUCUCUCUCUCUCUCUGUGCCAAAUCCGAACCAUCGAAGCGUGACUCAGUUUUGUCUCCCGCAUCUGAUUUAAAACCAAUUCUCGUUCGUCUUCCAUGGCUGGCAUGCUUCCCGGAGUUGAAUCUGCUCGAAGGAGACGCUUCCAUCAGACCGGGCCAUCCUCUGAUUGCCCUCAUUUCACCAGAAGACCUUCCUUGUGCUUAUAUUCAAGCAACCACGAAUUCCUUCAUUUCUCUUCUUCUCUGCAGCAAAGAAACGUAUUAUAUCAGGCGCGAACAGAUGAGAAGCUGGCAGGAGCUGCCGGAGAAGCCAAAGAAAGAUUGGAUGAGAGAUUAAGAUCAGCUCAAAAGAAAUCACUUAACAAAAGGAAAAACAUCAAAGAGAAGGAGAAAUGCAGAGAAGGAAGACCAGAGUUACACAUAGAGGUAUACGGAUCAAAGAAAAGUGGUGGAUCAAGGAUGAUGUUCAAUUGGAGGAAACUGAGCUGGAAGGCUUCAGAUCAAGAGGAUUGUGCUGUGUGCUUGGAGUCAUUCAAGAUUGGAGAGACACUGACCCAUCUUCCUUGUGCUCACAGGUUUCACUGCAGCUGCUUGGAGCCAUGGCUGCAAAAUAACAAUUAUUGCCCAUGUUGCAGAACUUCCAUUGUCAUCUCUCACUAGAUUUACCAUCCCAUUAAGGUUCUGCACUUUUGUUUCUCUUUGUAGGGAUCGGGGAUUGUGAUGAUGAAUUGAUAGGUUUCUUGUUUGACAUAUCAGGCAUAUGGAUGGUGAUUUGCAAAAUAUCAAUCAGCACCUUCCGUUAAAUGAGAAUGUGUACUAUAUAAAUCUGAACUGAGUUUUGAACGUGACGAAGUGAUGAAAAAGUUUUUAAA